CAAUGGUGUGCGCUCGUGCUUAAUGAAGUGGCUCGAAAGGAUGAGGACAGACAACACAGUGAGAGAAGGAAACUUGGCUACGGCGCCUGGUGUUUAUGGAUAUUGCAGAGAAUAUAUCGUUCUAAUAUAGCGCAAGUGGCAUUCGAUUCGACAGCCAAUGUGAAUUAUAUUAAUUGUAGUUACCUCUCUGGAUACUCUUUGCAGUUUUAAAGAACCCGCUCGGUGUCUGCUACGCUUCUCUCUAUGUUUGAGUGUCUUCCGGCGGCAGCGGUGGCAGCAGCAGUAGCAGCGGCAGUGCCAUGAAUAGUGGGCUCCCAGCUUCAGCUGCUCCACUCGGGGGGGUCGGAAUUCCCAGCGUCAAGGUGAAGUUCUGCAGAUAUUACGCCAAGGACAAGACUUGCUUUUAUGGAGACGAGUGUCAGUUUCUGCACGAAGACCCGUCCGUGGCGAGCCUACCUCUGCAUGGUGGAGGAGGCAGUCCUGUUCCUCUCUCCAUGGCUGGGGGAGCUGUGGCGGCAGCUGGAUACCCUAUCGGUGGAACGGCGGUAGCCUGUCCUGGCGGCGGGGGAGCAAGUGGCCCAAAAAAGAACGAGUCUGUGGGGCCUGCAGGCACGGGUCUGGAUGGACAGCUGUUGACCAUCCCUGGAAUGGAUGGUGGAGCCCUGGCUGACACCAAUCUCACCAACUCCUACUUCAGCAGCAGCUUCAUUGGGGUCAAUGGGUUUGGGAGCCCCACUGAACCCAAGUACUCCAUGAUGCAGCGAAUGGCCAGCAGCAGCAGUUCUCCCAGCCUCCUGAAUGACAGUGCCAAGAGCUACACCUCACACGAUGCUGUGAGCUCGCCUGCGUCGACCCUCUUCAGCGACUUCACUGCACUGAGCCUGGCGCAGAGGAGAAAGGUUCUCGCAUCUGAGGGGGAGGCUGCCUCUGAAGAGCAAACAACUGGAAAGCCUGCUCCGAACCCGACGGCGACCGAGUUUGUUCCGAAGGGAACGACGGGGCCUCGCGUGGCGUCCAUUUCCCAGCCCAGCAUGCCCGCCUUCUCCUCCCCGCUCUUCUCCCACCCCGCCCUGGGCAGCUCCACUGUGGCUGCCCUUGCGCCAGGAAUGUCCCUCUCAGCUGGGUCUUCACCUCUCCAUUCCCCCAAAAUCACCCCUCACACUUCUCCAGCCCCACGCCGGCGCAGCCAUACCCCAAACCCCAAUCCCAACCCCGCCAGCUACCUGGUGCCCACCAGUGCCUCCACUCCACUGGCCGACCCCGGAGCAGCUGCCCAUAUCAUCCAAAAGGAGACUGUGGGUGGGACCACCUACUUCUACACAGACAACACCCCCGCACCUAUGGCUGGGAUGGUAUGUUCCCGACAGGAAGUUGUGAGAACAGAAGUCACAGAGAAAGUUCAGGUGUUUCCCCCCUAUCACAUCUACCCCCCCACGGCGCCCCACGUGGCGUACAUGCAGCCCAAAGCCAACGCGCCCUCUUUCUUCAUGGCCGACGAGCUCCGACAGGAGCUGAUCAACCGGCACCUAAUAACAAUGGCACAAAUCGACCAAUCAGAAAAUCCUGGGGUUCCCACAGAAGUGGACAGUUAUCACAGCCUCUUUCCCCUGGAGCCCCUACCCCCACCCAACCGCCUGCAGAAAACUAGCAACUUCAGUUACAUCACUUCCUGUUACAAAGCAGUCAACAGCAAAGAUGACUUGCCCUACUGUCUGAGAAGGAUACAUGGUUUUCGACUGCUGAACACCAAGUGCAUGAUGCUAGUGGACAUGUGGAAAAAGAUCCAGCAUUCCAACUCUGUGACACUGAGAGAGGUCUUCACCACCAAGGCCUUUGGAGACCACUCGUUGGUAUUCUCCUACGACUUCCACGCGGGGGCAGAGACCAUGUUCACCCGCCACUUCAACGACCCAACCGCUGACUCCUACUUCACCAAGAGGAAAUGGGCAGGCCAGCCCGACCCUCCCCCGCCCCGCCAGCACGCAGGCCUGCUGCCCGAGUCGCUGAUCUGGGCCUACAUCGUCCAGCUGAGCUCGGCUCUGCGCACCAUCCACACCGCCGGCCUCGCCUGCAGGGUGAUGGACCCCAGCAAGAUCCUCAUCACUGGCAAGACCAGGUUACGGGUGAACUGCGUCGGAGUCUUUGACGUGUUGACGUUUGACAGCAGUCAGGCCAACCCUCUGGCCCUCAUGGCACAGUACCAGCAAGCAGAUCUCAUCUCAUUGGGCAAGGUGGUGCUGGCCUUGGCUUGUAACUCACUGGCUGGGAUUCAGAGAGAGAACCUCCAGAAAGCCAUGGAGCUUGUGUCAAUCAACUACUCCUCUGACCUCAAGAACCUCAUCCUGUACCUCCUGACCGAGCAGAGUCGACUGCGCAGCGUCAAUGACAUCAUGCCCAUGAUUGGCGCCCGGUUCUACACCCAGCUGGAUGCUUCACAGAUGAGAAAUGAUGUCAUUGAGGAAGACUUGGCCAAGGAGGUGCAAAAUGGACGCCUUUUCCGGCUACUGGCGAAGCUGGGAACCAUCAACGAGAGGCCGGAGUUCCAGAAGGAUCCCACCUGGUCAGAGACGGGGGACCGCUACCUGCUGAAGCUCUUCAGAGAUCACCUGUUCCACCAGGUGACUGACGCAGGGACCCCCUGGAUUGACCUCAGCCACAUCGUUUCCUGCCUCAAUAAGCUGGACGCAGGUGUACCAGAGAAGAUCAGCCUGGUGUCGCGGGACGAGAAAAGCAUCCUGGUGGUGACCUACUCCGACCUGAAGCGCUGCUUCGACAGCACCUUCCAGGAGCUGCUGGCCGCCGCCAACGGCCAGCUGUAGCUGCGCUCAGCGCUCGCCUGCGGGUGCAGGCGGACGCCUUCGGGCCAGGACGCACUGAGGAGUUAAACUGGAGCUACACUGCAGCUGACAGACUGAGGUCCAGGGACCGGGAAGCCAGGGCAAACGCUACACCUCAGCCUGGUACAGUUUUCUGUCUGGAGGGGUCUUUUUCUCCGGGCUCGUUUUUUAAGUUUUGAAAAUUUGACCCUAGAGCAUCAGUACCGGACACAAGGGGCUGUGAUGAUUUUUUCGGAUUCGGGGAACAAAAACCAGAUGUUUCACUUUUCCUGCUUUUUAUUUUUUUAUUUGGGGUUUUAUAUUCCUGUGGUUGAUGCACUGAAUUUUAUUUUAUUUUUAAAAGUCUUUUUGUGUGUGGUCUUCGGAGUGCAGGGGAAAGCUGGCUCUUUCAUAGUCCUUCCUAUUGGAGAGCAGAGACAUAGUCUUUCCUCCUAUUGGAGAGCAUAGACCUGGUCUUCCUAUUGGAGUGGAAAGGCACUGUUUUUCAACCUACCGGAGUUGAGAGACGUGUUCUUCUUUCCUGAUUGAGUGGAGGCCCAUGAUCUUUCUUCCUGUUGGAGAGGAGAGGCAUGGUCUUUUUUUUUUUUUCCUAUUGGCGAGGAAAGGCAUCGUCUUUCUUCCUGUCAGAGAGGAGAAACCUAUUUCUUCCUGUUGGACAGGAUGUGGUCGCUUCACGGCCAUUCUUGUUUUGUGUCCCCAAGGGUUUGACCAAAUCUAAACCUCUAAAGCCCUCUGCUGCAUCUACAACAGAAUCACGGUUGGACCAUCGGCGGGGGGGGGGGGGGGGGACUGGCCCUAUGGGUAAGAAGGUUCACUUCCUCCACCACACUUUCGUCUUCAACCCCCCCCCCCCACACACAGAGUCGUUGAUUGUUCUCUUCUCCUGUCUCACCACCUCUUCAGUUUCAGAAUUGGUCUGAUGUAAGGAGGAAGUAUUGAUCCAGCAGGGGGUAAGAGCAUUGGUCUGACAGGGGCUUGGGUAAUGCGAGGCAUUUCCCCUCAGUAUGCAAGUAAUGCUUCUGCCUUUGGUCUUGGUUGCAUUCUGCAGGCACUGAUGACAGCCCGGGGACAAAUUCUCUCAAACUGCUGUGGAUUUUUUUUUCUCUCUGGACAGACGUCCUUUCUGUCCAGGAUGGAUUCCAAACUCCUUUUGAGACCUGAAUAAGCCGAACUGGCUAAAAGUUAUCUGAUUCUGUCUUUUUGUAUGUUUUUGAGAAUUUCACGCCUACGUGAUUUUAUAGGAAAAGGAACACUGAGAUUUCCUCACAGCGGCCAUGCACAGAGGCAUGAUGGGAUGCAGAUGGCCUCCUCCCUGCUAUAUCCUGUGGACUAUUUAUUUUGUGUCUAAAAAUGCUCUCACUGUUGCAGAUUAUGUGCUUUUUAAGUAUCUCUUUAAUGACCCAGGCUUGGAGGCGAGCAGGGCUUCUCCAAACAACAUGGACAGUUUCACUGACCUAUUGAUGAAUAGAGCUUAAUCUUCAACAAAAGUAGUAUUUGGAAUGUGAUUGGCCCUUUAUUAUGCUGGAAAAGGGAGGGUUGUGGCUUCGGUAGCUGAGAGAAUGUCCUGUGACUUUUGAUUGCUGGCGGCCUAGACUCAAUUCUGAUCCCAGGACGAGGAGCAGUGGAACAGGGGGUUUGAAUCAUGCAUUUUGUCUCUUCUUUUUCUGAUAAAUGGCCAGACCCUGUCUCUCACACACGUGUUAACACACAUCACAGACACAACACAGAGACACAUCACAGACGCAUCACAGAAACGACACAGACAUGACACAGACACACACCAUAUUUGUGCCACCUCCUCAAGAAAAUGGUUUGUAUCAUGACCCUAUUGUGUUCGUCUCAAAUUUUGCAAUAUUUGUGUGUACAGCAGUAUUUUAAUAAAGAAUACCAACACUUCACCAGA